AUGUCUAUGGCAGAAGACACAGCAGUUAUCGCAGCAGCAGCAAAAAACGAAAAAAAUAAAACAAACUGUGGAAGUUGCGGAAAUGGAUUAGAACCUGAUGAACCCGGUAUACAAUGUGUGCAAGGUCAUCAUUUUUGUACGGAAUGUUCAAGUCGUAUUGUUAAUUUAUUUUUUGCUAACCCUCAAAAAUAUACACCUUUACGUUGUCUACAAUGUCAUGUUGAAUUAAACCCUUGUGUGUUUGAACGACAAUUAACGCCAAAACAACUUGAUUUAUAUAAUCAACAUAUGCUUAUAUUUGUUUCGACAAAAGAAUUUCUUGGACCAGAUGAACGUUUAGAUCAUUGUCCAUUUUGUUCAUUUGGUUCUAUACGUAGUAAACAAGCUUCACAUACUUUUUAUUGCGAACGUCCACAAUGUGGUGUAGUAUCAUGUUUAACAUGUCGAAAAGCUUGUCCCCGACUUAAAAAUGAUUAUCCUACUGAUGAAGAAUUGGCUGAAAUGGAACGACACUUUAUAUGUGCCGAAUUAGCUGAUGACAAACAAAUAGUGGAUGACUGUUUAGAAUUAGGUCAAAAAGUUCCUUGUCCUCAAUGUGGUCUAGCUGGAAGAAAAGAUCAUGCUUGUACACAUAUGGCUUGUCCGACAUGUGCACAAUUAUGGUGUUAUUUUUGUGGAAAAAAAGUUGAAGAUGGAACCGAUGAAAAAUAUGCUCAUAAUGUUGAUUGGAAUUGUAAUCCUAAUCGAUGUCCAAUGUAUUUAAGACAGAUAGCGGAUGUUGAUGAUCGAUGGCCUGAUAAUGAAGAAGAUUGUUUAGUUAGAUUUCAUCGUAUUCGUACAUUAGGCUUAUUACGAGAAGCAUUUGAAAAGCUGGGACAAAACCGAAUGGAUGAACUUGAUCGUCAUUUUAAUAUAAUUAGUUCGUCCGGUUUUACAUGGGAUGAAAUUCUUCAUGAAGAUCUUACAUUAAUUAGAUGUACAGAUUCGAGUGGGACAAGAUGUGGCAGUUAA